CUGCGAGUCUGCGUGCUCCUCCUCCUCCAGCCUCCCACCUCUUGGCACAGGAGGCCAAUGCACUGCACCCGCGAAACUAGGCCUGGCGAAGAAAAUCAGACAUAUGCCUCUCUAAUCACUCGCGAGUAUGAUAUUCGACAACUUGAGCUUUGCAAUAAUCUUGGGGACCUCGCCUCCGCGAAUCGUGGCGGCUGACGGGAAAACAACCGUUCCCUGCCUGAACGGACAGUACUCCAACACGCAUGGUAUGCCCCUGUCUUGUCUCUAGAGAUGGUAUAUCCGUGGUAGUGUCAUAGGGUCUCGCACCGCAUACAAGUUGACGGAGUGUAUGUAUUUUCUAAAACAUGACUUUGCCUCAUAUGCAACCGGAUCCGUGCUCAAAACAAGCUCCGAGUGUUUAUCGCGCGCACAGAGUGAGUGAUUGGCUCCCAGGAGACCACUUCACGGACAAAACCUGGCUCCAAGGACUAGUCCGCUACGUGGAUGAGCAUCCAAAGGAGCUUCACCCAGUACUGAGAGUGUUUCAACAGCUCAUCGAGAGCGAAAGUCAGCUAUAUUUCCUCGCACAGUCGAUGUUCGAACAGGUCCCGGCGAAGGGACCAUACGCCGACGAUCCCUCUGGUUACAGGCAAAUCCGCGACUUCGAGCAUAUGUUACGGGUACUCAACCACCUCAUCAUAACCGCGCCUCUCUGGGACGAGCAGUCCGAACGCCUCAGCAUGAUCGCCGUACGCAUGAAGGCCGUCCUGGACUGGCCCAUGGGCACGCGCAGCGGUUUCGCUUUCUUCCUUGACCCCGUCGUCAACAGGAUGCUGAAAAGAGUACUCGAUGCAUGGGGUGAUUUUCUACGCUCGGAAGAAUCGGCGCGGCAGGCUCUCGGGGAGGACGACAAUGGCUGGUUCAACCCGAAGGCUAAAGCCGCCAUCACCACAGCCGCAAACCAGGCAACCGGGACAGCGCACGACUUCGCAGAGAUCUUCGAGUGCGAUCCUUCAAAGCCGCAUUACGGCUUCCGCUCUUGGGACGCCUUCUUCACGCGCACCUUCAGGGAGGGCAUCCGGCCCGUCGCCGCACCGGAGGACGACGCCGUCAUCGCGAACGCAUGCGAGUCAAAGCCAUACAAGGUCGCGUAUGACUGUGCCCUGCGAGACAAGUUCUGGAUCAAGGGCGAGCCGUACUCGCUCGUCGACAUGCUCGCGCACGACGCGCUCGCGCCCCGCUUCGCCGGCGGCACCGUCUACCAGGGUUUCCUCUCCGCGCUGUCCUAUCACCGCUGGCACGCUCCCGUCGCUGGGCGGUGCGUCAAGGCGUACGUCCAGCCAGGCACGUACUACUCUGAGCCGCUCGUCAACGUCGGUGACCGUGAGGCGAGGGGCGGCGGUGGACCUGAAGAUAAGCCGACCUCGCAGGCGUACGUCACCGCGGUCGCUACGCGCGCGAUCAUCUUCAUCGAGGCGGACAACCCCGCGAUCGGCCUGAUGAUCACGGUGCAGGAGGGGCAGCGCGUGCAGAAGGGCGGCCAGCUGGGGAUGUUCCACUUUGGGGGCUCGACGCAUUGUGUGGUGUUCAGGAGGGAGACGGAUGUGCGUGGGUUCCCGGGGCCUGGAACGGAGACGAUCGUGCCUGUGAGGGGACAGCUUGCGGUGGUGGAGGGCCGGCGGACGUGA